CUGAGCGGCAGCAUCGUGUACACUGGCACAGUGGCCACGGCGGCACUAAAGCAAUCCUCCCGCUCGAGCACUACAUGCUGGCGAAGGGAUUCGCUGACCGUCCCAUGCAAGGGCAAAAUUGCGAUACAGUGGGUAGAGAGGGGGUGGAGUGGCUUGAUGGCUUGAAUCAUGCGCAUAUUCACUGGUUUUCCCUGGCCGGGCUGCUAGAGCAAGCGUCAUUUUAAUGAUUUCCGAGAAUCUUGCCCAAAAUACACUAGUCACCAGUACUGUUGGGGCAGCAGUGGUUCCAACCUUGGAGUUCAGACUCAGACCCAGUUGGUGCUUCACAUUCCUUUCGAACCUGCUGAACGAUGUUGAUGGACACUUCACUUGCACUGUAUGUACUGCAGCUGCUGAAGAGCAGAGAGGGGGCCGCAGUCUUCUGCGUAUCACCGAAGGUAGGUCAUGAAGCGCCCUUCUGCAACGGCGAAGAAGGCGAAGACUGUGAAGAAGCCUUUGACGCAGCGACCUUCGCCAACCGCUUCCGCUAUGGGGAAUUUGGAGAUGCAGUCGUCUUCACUGAAGCGCGACGUUCUGCGGUGCUGUCUAAAAAGCCUCGAAUCCUCAAGUGGUCGAUGACCAAAACUGGGAAGAACUCCAAGACGCCGUUGCUGGUGGUACACUACAUCUCGGAGAUGUAUGGCCAAAGAAGACCAUUUGAAGAUCAAGUUCCUUUGUGGUCCUUGCGGCAAAUGGUGGACUUCAGUCAUGCUCUAGGCAGCACGGGAACUCGCCGGACACGCAGUUCAGCCUCCGUCCCAUCAGCUGACGCCGUGUCUGCUCGCUGCCCUCCACUGUGGUGGUCACUCGCGUUAUGGGCCUUUGCAGAAUUUGCUAGGGGAAGCUCUGGCAAAGGCAAAGGCGCCAAGUGGCCACCAGAAUCCCCUGCUGAACCUGUCUCCAUCCCUGGGGACCGGGAUUGACCGUGUGACGACCGGGAUGGAGCGAUUCGAAGGAUACUACGGGAUGGUGCGAAGAGAAGGUCUCUUAGUGGUGGCCAACAAUGUCUUCCUGGAUUGUCGCAAAGGUGUUCUGAAGUUUUUGCAGUUUAGCAGCGCUGCAAGCGCUGGGGCUUGCCAAGCCGCCAAGCUUGAAGAUGACGGAAUCCAGAAUCUGCGUGGAUGGAGUCCUUUUCAGCCUUGACGUUUGGUAGAUGUGUGGUGUUGCACACAAAGCCUCUUGGGCCUACAAGAAAGUGUUUUUUCGUCCAGGAAUCAGGAAGAUCGCUUUUGCUCGCAGGACUUUCCAAAGCUCCUCUACACAGUCCUACACGGCGGAGCUCAAGGUCAAAGCGAACGACAGGCCGAUGGAAUCAGUGCGGAUGGUUCACCUCUGGUUGUCUGGGAAGAUCUGCGUGUUGAAGGUGAAAGAUCUGGUUUCCCCAAAGAGUUGCCUGGAACUGAAGAGAAGCGGCACCCGACUGGACGGAAGCUACCUGCGCCUAGUACACCUGCUUUUGCGGGUCUUCUUGGCAACGCACAAGAAAGAAUAGGAAAAGAAGAAGGUAAGGAGCCCUUGCCUUCUUUUGCUAAGGACGCAUUGUCUGUAUUUUCUGAUUUGUCUAUCUAAUUCUAUAUCUUUAUGGCGGGCGAUGAUGAUGAUAGGUGACCUUUGGCAGGUCAAAGAGGCGUUGACCUCCAUUCUUCGAGAGCAGUGAUUCGAUGGGCUGCCAGCCAUGCGUGGUCGUUUUUUGUGCCCACACAGAGUGCACACUGUUGGGAUUCAACAAGAUCCCUGCACCACACACAUGGUUCCUGCCAUGCACGAUCAAUGAACAAUGCCACGCCUCAAGCACUUCUCACCCACGAUGGGG